AUGACGAGCGCAUCGGAGCUAUUCUACAACAGGAGGUCUCGUUUGGGUCGAAUCACCAACCCAAUCGACCUAGGCGGAGGUUUUGUUUCCUCUAUCGGUCGAAUUUCUCACCACAACCCCAACAAUCGUCGCAUCGAUUCUCGUCGUGAUCGACACAACGUGGACGGCUCUGAUCAUCUCCGGCCGUCUCCUAAUCUCAGACAUCACUCUCAUCGCACCCCUCCUUUU